CGAUCGUAGAUCUACGACCGUGCACCCGCUGAUUGCGUCAUUAUUUGCAGAGUUGGAUCAUGUGCAUAGCCUUGUAGAUUUGCAGACACGUGCAUGCCGACGAAGUGUUUAGACCAGUUUCCGUCUUUCAAAGUUUCUACAAUUUUUGUUUGUGCUCAAAAUCUCCAUGUGCAUCUGUGGUUGAGUAACAGUGGUUCAAUUUCUGAAGUGCCUGGUGCAAAUGUGACUGCUGGACAGUAUCUGCUCGGAAUCUUAGUGUGCCUCUCGAAGCAGCCACCGAUGUUGCGUUCCUUUGCCUCUCGUUUACCGUCUGCUUCAGUCGCGCAGCGCUGUGCAUGUGCUCAGCGACCACCAGUGGUCCUGAGUCAGCGUUUUGCCUCAGAUGGCGGCAAGCCGAAAGGCUUCUUUGAAACGCUGCGGGACAGUUUGCAGGCAGAGUGGUCAAAGAACAAAGAACUAAAGGACAGUGUGGAGCAACUGCAAAAGGCAGCGCAGUCAGAGAAUGUGUCUAAAAUAAAGACAAUAGUUGACAGCGGUAAGUCCUACGUCCAGGAUGGUGCAGAAAAGAUUGGCAAACAGCUGCAUGGUUUGAAGGAUCCUCUGUCCAAGGCUGGAGAGCAGGUGACGAAAAACCCAGCAGUUGGAAAAUUUAAGGAGCAAUUGAAGAAUGUGAAAAUGAAUGUGAAAGUGCCAGAGCAGGUAUCCAAGGUGGCCCAGAAUCCCACAGUAUCGAAAGUGACAGAGACCAUCAAGGAAGAUAUUGUUGGUGAUACUGGAAAGCUGUCCCAGCCGUACGAGGCCCCAACAAAAGACCAGUACCGCCGUCGUGUUGUGCAGGAAGGUGAGGAAGAAACGGAAGAUGAAAAGGCAGCGCCGAAGAUCAAGGAAGACACGGAAACGAAAGGAGUUGAGCUACAUAGCUCCGCGAAGUUUUCUCAACAAUGGGAGAACUUCAAGAACAACAACCGCUUCAUUAACGGAAUGUUCGACCUGAAACGGCAAUUCGACGAGAGCGAAAGCGUCGGUGUGCGUGCACUUCGCUUUGUGACUGACGGAGUAUCAAAUGUUGUCGGAGGUAUGCUGACACCAAAUGAGACGUCUCAGACGCUUGAGGCGAUUGUGAAAGUUGACAAGGAUUUCGACCCGGAGAACUUCUUGAACGAGCUGCAGCUGGAGAUCAUCCCUACAGUUCUUGAGGGUUUCCUGCGUGCCGACAUGGACUUGUUGCGUGAGUGGUGUCAUGAUCGGGCCUAUGGAGUACUAUCAGCUCUAUUGACACAACAGCAGCAGCUUGGUCUUACAAACCAGUCUCAAGUCUUGGAGCUAUCAAAUGUUGAGCUGAUAAUGGGCAAGAUGAUGGAGCCCGGUCCAGUACUCAUCAUCUCAUUCUCAGCACAACAACUCACCAAGGUUGUCAACAAGACUGGUGAAGUAGUCGAAGGAGGCGAUGAUAUGAUUCAGAACAAUAGAUACGUGUGGGCGCUGUGCCGCGAUCAGACCAUAUUUGACGCUCGAUCGGCAUGGAGAAUACUGGAGUUUGGCAUCCUGGCCAAGGAGGAUAUUGUAUAAAUUAUUUCGAUUAGGAAUUUGAAUUCCAUACCCCUUCCCAUAUACUAUUUUCCCCGUUUGUGUGUGUUUUCUUUUCAAAAGAGAUCUGUACAUAGCUGAUGUAGCAAGUGUAGAUGUACAUGAUUGUAUAAUUAUUCAUUAGCCAUAGCUGUCACCUGACAUUUUAGCGUUGCCAUUUUCUGUUGUAAAUAAGGUAUUGCAAUUUCUGCUUUCUUUUCUGUAGGAUAUUUGCCAUUAUUUGGGUAGUAGAGGGACCACUUCUGUAGGUCUACAAUAUGCUCACUAUUUUGUGAUGUGGUCUGUGCCUUCAUUCAUGAUAGGGCAGGUGCAAUGUUUGACUACGGUGA